AUGAAGCAGCAUUACUCUGUGAACUAUUUCUCCCGAGUAACGCCAUUGGACUGGAGAUUAUCGCACUUUUUACAUUACACAGAAAAAAUGCGACCAAAGGAAUUGUCAAAGCAAGAAGUAGAAGCUGAUUUCAUAGGAGGAUUGCAGGAUGUUUUAGCAAAGGAGUCCAAAAAAAGAGUGAAAAUCUUUAAGACCCGAGCCGAAUUGAACACUUCUGACAUCACUGCGCCACGAAACCUUGCUGGCGCAAAAAUAUUUAUUGCCAGAGACCUCUUAGGAAAGAAGAAAACAAGGGAUUGUAUGAUAUUUCACAUGGGUACCACCGAGCCAGGGACAGCUCUUUGGGAACGCGCUAAAGAGCAAGGGAGCCGCGAGAUUUCUCAAGUUGAUGGUUAUUGGCAACGAAUCCAAGCAAGAUCAGCAGUUGGUAUUGCAAAAAGUCAUUAUAAACUUCAGAAAAUUUCCAAAAAGACAGUAAAUAUGCUUUGUGAAAGGACGUCCAAAAAGCGUGCGAGAGAAGACGAUAACGAAGAAUUUUCAAGUGACGACGAGCUGUCGGAAGCGGAAUUAUCAGUAUCAAUUGAUGACUCUAUUGACGACGUCUUAGAUUUGGAGCUUGACACGGACGGCGCGACAAUAUUUGAAAAUGCAGGAACGAUAGUAGACAACAAGAAUGGCGAAGAGGAAAUUAACAGUGAGACUGGCCAAUUUGGUCCAUUUCCUACAGAAUCCAGUCCAAUUGAUAUGUGGAUUCUACCAUCGGGAAAAUCGGCUCGCGAUGCAAUUCGGACACCACUGUGCGGCGCUCACAAUCCGACCAAUUUCGGGAUUAUAAGACUAGGUCAACGAAUAGUUCGGCCUAAGAUUAUAUCUCGCGAGGACUGGAGUUGCCUUCAAAGUUCCUUUUCAUUCCCUCGAGAAGUAGCGUCUGAGAAGGCUGAAGAGAUUCUUAUAUCGUUGGUGAAGCUUGAGCUACUCGAUGAUUUGGCGAAGUUUAUUAAUAGUAUCGAUAUCACGAGUUUGGAUACUCGUAGCAAAUUUUUUGUGCAAGUUAUAAAAGUAUAUAUCGACACAGUCUUUACCCCGAAGACAGCUUUACGGAGCACGCGUGCACAGGAAUCAACUCUUGGAUCAUUGCUCCUCCAUCCCAUCAUGAACCUAAUUGCCAUUUCAAUAACAUCUGCUGAGUAUCAUCCUGGAGAAGUGUAUUCACGUGCCAGUGCUGCUCAACGGAUUCUACGUCGGCGUCCGAAACCAGAAGAAGAUCGUCCGCUAGGACAAAAAGUAGAUGGACUGUUUGUCUUGUGGGAUGUCGAAGUAGGAGUAGUUGAAAUGACAGGAGGUCCGUGGACAGUUGACUUGCCACGAUACAUAAAGGACCACGUCCGUGGUUUUUGGUGCACAAAAGACUUGAUAAACAACAUCGCAAUGGAGCCUUUAUUUGCCUUUGGCGACUACAGAAUUAUGCGCCAAACACGGUGCUUUUUCGUGCAGACUUAUGGACUCCAAAUUGAGAUAUGGGCUAUGGACUCACCAAUCAAAGGUGUGUACAGGAUGUAUCGCCUGGGAACGACUAAGAUUCCACUAGCAUGGGAUAAUAAAAAUAAUUUACUUGAAAUGUUACAGUUGUUCUGGGACUUACGAAGUGGAAUAUCAGCAACUGCAGACACGUUGAUCAAAUUGAAAAUAUCAGCCGGUCUGGCGAUGGUUAAGCGUCAUGAGGACGCUGAACGUCUCAGUAACUAUAUCGAGAAGGAUAUGCAAGGGACGCCAGUGAAACCUGGCGUAUCGAAGAAAGCACGAACUAUCAUCCCUAAGAAAGAAUUUUCGUCAUCUGAAAAUAACUAA